UUUUAGGUUUUACAGAACAAAGAGCCAUCGUUACUGGUGUAUUAUACCAACCGGGUCAUUUGGCCACGUACAUCACAACAGCAAACUCGGCCCAUAUACGCUGCCAGCUGGUAAGGGCACUGCCAGAGAGGCCACCCAGACAGCUUUGCGCAGAGGCGAUAACGUGACCAAUGAGGCUUUGCCGAGGUGCGUUUAUUGCUGGUUGAAAACUUUUCCCAAUUGCCCGCGAUGGCCCCUGAAACAUGGGUGUCAUACGCAAUUUUUGAACGCCCCUAGGGGGCAGCGAGGGUGA